GAGGGAGCGUCAGUCGCGGAGUGGGCUACACGCAAAGAGAAGCCAAGAGAGCAGCUGUUCCUCUGUAAACUAAAAAACAAACCCAGUAUUUUACACAACAUGAGAGCUGCAUCUUACACCCAGAAGAGCCUGCAGGUUAGCAGCUCCAGCGGCAGAGCAAGGGUUCAGAGCCCAUCACCUUCCCGGUGCCGUGGAUCCUCCUAUGACAGCCGUGGACGCUCCGGUUAUCGCAGCACUGCUGUCGAGUUGGGCACGGAGAUCCACCAGCAACAUGCCAACGAGAAAGAGGAGAUGCAGGAACUCAAUGUCAAGUUUGCAGGAUACAUUGAGAAGGUCCAGGCACUAGAGCAGAGAAAUGCUGCUCUUCAAGCUGAGCUAGCUGCACUGCAGGGCCGCUACAAGGGAGGCCCCACAGGCAUUGGAGAAGAAUACGAGCUCAAGUUUAAAGAGGUGCGGGAGCUGAUUGAGGCCCUGACUAAUGAGAAGGGAGUAGCUGAUAUUGAACGAGGCUACAUUGAAGAGGAGGUUGAAGUUUGGAGACUUAAGCUGGAGGAGGAGCUAGCACUGAAAGAAGAAGCGGAGAUGAUCCUGAGGGAGUUUCGCCAGGAUGUUGACAGUGCCACUUUGCAGAAGGCAGAGCUGGAGAAGCGUAUAGAGCAACUAGUGGCCGAGAUAGAGUUCCUCAAGAAGCUGCAUGAUGAAGAGGUGGCUGACCUCAUGAAGCAGAUCGAGGACUCAAAGAUUAGCGCGGAGCUGGAUGGCGAUAGGCCUGACCUGGCUGCUUAUCUGCGCAACAUGCGCGCAGAGAUAGAAUCUGUUGCUGCCCGCAACGUCCAGGAAGCUGAGAAGUGGUACAAGAGCAAGUUUGACACCCUCAAGGAACAUGCUGGAAAACAUGAAGAGCAAAUGAAAACCAUGAAAGACGAGAUCACAACCUUCCACAACCAAGUGACAGAGCUGCAGAACCAGAUUGAUGGGAUGAGGGCUCGCAACGCAGCCCUAGAGCAGCAGCUGGAGGACAUGGAGAUGUCCCACAUGGAUAAGGUGGGGAGCCUCGAAGGUGUCAUUGCUCAGUUGGAAGCCCAGCUCUGUGAAACCAAAUUAGAGAUGACCAAGUAUCUCCAAGACUACCAGGAACUGCUGCACAUUAAGCUCAAGCUGGAUGCGGAGAUCGCCACCUACAGGAAGCUGCUGGAAGGAGAGGAGCAUAGGCUUGGAAUUGCCAAAGAUGUUUAAAUGUCCAGGAUGAGAGGAGAGUCCAAAGCAGCCACAGAGAAGACCAGCAGAGCAUUGUGGAGAAUUCUUACCUAUCUUACCCAAUUCUUCCCUUUACCCUUCUUACUCUAAGGGGCUGGGUAUUGUUUGGAAUAUUUCGAUACCAGUGCCGGUUUGACACCUGAGUUUCAGUACAGAGGCUAAAAUGAACCUGACUUUGAGAAAUAUGUUUUAUCUACAGAACCUUUUUUUCAAUUAACAAAUGGGGACAAUGAAUUAACAUGUUGUCUUUACAUGGUAUAUAAAUAUGAUAUUCUAAAAUUGUAAUAAACUGAGAGGAAAACGCAUGCCUACUCUAGUGAAAUGCUGGCUUGAAGGCAGUCUUUCCCUCCAAAAUGUUGAUUCAAAUCAGGAAGUGUCUAAUCAAAUAAA